CGGCUGGAGAACACGUGUGUAGAUCCAAUGCGCCACUGUUACUUCAAUAAUUAAGAACAUCAUUACUCAUUUUGAUGAAUGUUUUUAAAUAUGUGGUUGGAGGAGACGAAACAAUCAAGAGAGUGCGCUCCAUAGAUCAUUAUGUGUGUCGUUCGAUGGAUUCACGCAGUCAGGACGACGACAUUCUACGAUGUAUUGAGCUGUGCCAAUAAUCCAUGGUCAACGAAUACGCGAGAGCGAACAACUGCUAUUCCUAUGACACAAUCAACAGAAUACAAUCACUCGCAAGACGCUAUCAUGAUCAACACCGACACAGCCUUUGUUCAAACGACAGCACGUGUGUUCAAACAAAAUAAAUGAUGUCUUUAAUGAGCUUCGUUUCGAAAUUACACGUGUUCCGUCCAAAAUGCUGCUGGAUGUAUUCGGUUGAAUGACAAAAGCAAGGAUUACCUUAUACGCACAUUUUUAGUUUAUUUUUAGGAUAGAGUAAUUUCCUCGGAAAUCCAGAAUUACCUGUACGGAUCGCAACUCAAGUUCAAUCGAGUUGUGUGAAGCGAAAAUGGUAAUGACUUCUCGGGUGAAAUGAACACGCUUUCAGAACAAAAAUAAAUGAAAAAAGGACUGUUCGCGAGCGAUAGCGCGAAUGUUGAGCAAGUGUGAGAUGCAAUAGAUUCCCUAUUCCAUCCCGAUCCUUAUCCCCAGAAUUAUUCAGUAUGUCCUAGAUCUCACCUCCAUCUCCACAUCACUCUCGGGUUCUGGAAGUCCACUUUCCCACGGUCCAAUGCAAUACACGGUCAAACUUUCACGUAUCUGCUCGAUAUCCACGUGGAAUCUGUUCUUCAUACGGCCUUAUUCUGCGUGGCGUGUGAGGUGAGAUGACAAUUGUCACUUAUGUCACGCGAUUCCACCAGGCGUAUGCCGUGAGAAAUCUCACUUGAAUGAACUCUCACUUUAUUCCCGCUCUCAAAUAUACGUGACGAUUGUCACAUGAACUGGGAUUUCUAGGUGACAAUCGUCGACAUGUCUUGAGGUGUCGACAGUGCAUGAAAACAAAUGAAAAAAGGAAGAGGAAUAAUAAGUGUUUUUUUGGGUCGUAUAGAAUCGAUAGUAAUGGUAUUAUAUGUAUCAAUAAAUUCAAUUUAUCUUCAAUUUUCACAGUACGAAAGACAAAUUGCAAGUAGUUUGUUUUUUUUUGUGAAAGCGGUAGUGAGUCUGUUAUUCCUCAAUUGGACGAAUAAGCACACCGAAAUUAUUUUCAUUUCAUGAAAUCUAUUUAUUUUCUCUAAAAUAUAUCUAUCAUAUGGGUCUUGUGUUUCAUCUAUCUAUCCGCGAGUCAUCGUCACCGAACUGCAUAUCCAUUUCAGAAGCCGUGGUAUACGGGGCUCUGGCAACCCUAUCCCAUCCAAUGCAAAUUGAGCGUAGGCAGCAUAAAACAGGGCUCGCGCUUAGGAGGCUCACGUAUUGUUUAAUGUUUGGAGUCAUAUAUGUUAAUAUUUGAUUACGUUGGAUAGUUUUUUUUUGGCAAGCGAUGUUUGGAUACCCAUCCGGAAGCUUUCUUGACGAUUUGCAAUUCAAAUCACAGCCGAAGAAUCGCGCGGAGCACUUCAUUUUGAAUUUUAGGUUAUGAUUUCUAUGCUCAUGAUUUUCUAUGCUGGCUACUGAAAGGCGGCCAUCUUAGCAAUCCCUUGGUGGUAUAUGCCCGAGCCGGAGCCAGAGCAACAAUUUAACACUGAGAGUGCAGAGAGCAGCAGCAACUACGACCAAAACAAACAAAAAUGCUAAACUUUACAGGAUGCAAUCAACUGUUUCACCAAAUCUAAAUCAAAUACCUGCAAAUUCGGCAGAAUGUCCUGAUACACUAACAACAGGCCAGGUUAAAUCAGAUCUAUAGAUACGGUACUGACUGCAGCAAAACAAAUAUCUGACCUCUCUGAGCGAAACAAAUAAAAUUCUGGGAUGCCAGAUGUUUUUUCUCAAAUAUAUGCGAUAAAAAUCUGAAAUAUUUGUAAAUAUGUGCUAAUGUCUGACAUACUGACCAGCUUCGUUUAUCAUAUGGAAUCAAUAAUGUUUUGUCACUAUUUUAAAUAGCCUGCAGCAGGAAUAAAAGGUUGUGAUAAAAGUUAAAUGUCUGCAAAUUCGUGAACACAUGUGCGAAUGUGGCAUCUCUGAUCAGAUUUGGCAACCAGCAGAAUGAACGCCUUGUCACUUGCUGUUCAUCCUCUCACAUACAUCAAAUGAACCUCUCACGGCAUCCGAAACGACUGUAGGAAUAGAGUGAGGAGAGUUGCGUGAUGGUGAUGUGACAAUUGUCAUCUCACCUCACACGCCGCGUAGAAUCAGGCCGAUAGAUCUUAAUCGAUGAUUUUUGUACAGUGUCCGAAAUUUUAAUUCACUCUGUCCAAUUUUUUUUUGAAUAGUGUCCCAAGUUUGAUUCUUACUCGCUUCAAUUGGAAAACACUUUUGUUCGAUAUUUUUUUAUGUUUCCAAUCAACCAUAGUAGAAAGCUUAAAAGCAUGCUGAAAUAUUUUAUGAAAAAUACCGACCUGUGCACAAAAUGCCUUAAGCGUUCGAAAUAUGACUCAGGACGGUACCUUCUGCACUCAAAAUUGUAGCACCGUGAAACUUUUCGUCACGCGCUAAAUAUUGCCCUAUAAAUCCAAGCAACCGCCGCUUCAGUGGCGAACACCGUUGCUAACCGGUUGCCAUAGUAAAGCGUCGCAUAUUUAUGGUCAAGUUGAAGUGCAAGGUUCCUCGUUGAGUCGAUUCUCUAGAAGUUCCGAUCUGAAAUCGAGAUGUUGAAUUCACUUUUUAUCAAACACGAAGACUUGAAAGAAGCCGCCGCCAUUGAGCGCCGCCGACAGUAUGAGGAAGCUCGGAAGCAGAGAAUUUUCAAUGCGAGACGACGGGUCAUCGGGGUCGAUACCGCUGCCCUCGCUCACCAGAUUGGUGAAAAAAAUAGAAUUCAACAGGAGGAACAUGAAAGAAGGCGGAAAUUUAUCGACGAACAGCAGCGUCAGAGCCAAGCAAUCGAACGUAAAUGCCAAGAGCAGACACUUUUUCGCCAUCAGCUGCACAACGAAAUCAACCACUUUCGGGUGUUACAUCAACGACCGGAGCAAUCUCGAGAUUUCGAUUUGUUCGAUCCGAACGGGUUGAAAAAAUCACUUCCCGCGCGUGUUGGCGACAACGACCCACGAUUGAGCGUUUCGGGGGCGCAAAAGUUCGACGGGGAAGAUUUGACGGAGAAGGAGAGAAAGCAAAUGCAAAUGCAGCAGCAGCGAUCCUGGCUGGAGCAGCAGAUACGUGAAAAACGACGGGCUGAAAUGGAUCGCAUUGCUGGCGAGAGGUUCCUUGAAGAGGCCCUGGAAGCUAGGGAAAGACGCGUGCUUGAAUUGGCAGCAGAGGAACGCAAUUCCCGCUGCAAGAUUCUGGAGGCGACGAAUCAAUUCAACAAACAUUUGAUGCAGCAGCAGGAACACGAGCGGCAACAAAAGAAACGGGAAGAUGAGGAGGAUAAUAUGGCGGAAAUUUACAACCACUUGACCAGUGACAUUUUAACGGAAAAUCCGGAUGUAGCAAAGAGUAGCCUCGGGUCGAAUCGAAUCGUUCCCUAUAGUUAUAAGGGAAUGAGCCCGGAAGAGGUACAGCAAAUUAGGAGCGCCCAACUACAACAGCAAGAUGAAAUGAGACGACGCCAGCAGGAAGAGAGGAAAAAUAACAAAGCGUGGGACAAACUGGCGAAUGACUUUGAUCGGACGGUUCUGGUUAAGGAUCGGGAAAUCAAUCAACGUCGGAGACAAUUGGCUGAAUGUAUUCGACAUGAAAACGUCCACCUUUCGGAUGAGGCGCAGCGUAAGCUUAACUACUUGGAUCGAGUUGUGUACCAAAAUUCUCCCACUAUGGAAUACUUCGAGCAGUUUAAUACGACAACCAGAUAAUUUUUUUCCCGAUUCAUUUACUUGUAAGGCUCAAUCGCAUAAGCUUCGCGGAGCCGCUAAUUCAAAACUUGAUUAUACAAGAUUACAACUUAACCCCUUCCCGUAUUAUUUAAUACGUCACGUAAUACGUAAUACGUAUGUUAUGAUGAUGGUCCCGUCUCCUUCCCCUACAUAAGUUUGAGCAAGACGAGUUAUCUAAAAGAUAAUUAUUUUUUCUCAGCAUUGAAUUCAGUAUAGCAAACACAAAAAACAAACUGAUUUAAAUUACAAAUAUAAGUUCAAAAAAUUGCAUUGUCAAAAGACAAGCCAAUACUCAGUCAUGUCCGCCUCAGAGCCGAUACGGUCCCUACGAGGCCCUUGCAGCCAAGUAGUCCACCAGAGCACAAGUCCAACCGCCAGCCUUGAUUUGACUAUGAAUAUCCUCAAACUUUCAAUUUAAUAUCCUUCAUAUUUGUUUCACGCGCGACGCUCAAUCUUUUGUAGACUUCUUUUACGACAAAAUAAAAAUUAAAAAUAGUCCAUCAUAACCGAGAUCAUGACAGACAUAAUAGAGAUCAAUACAAAUUGAAAGAAAGGUAAUUUAAAAAAUGUAAAUAGUCUACAUAAUAUGAUCCGUUCAAAAAAAAAAAAUAAUCGUCAGGUUCAUUGAAAAUAUUAAAACAAACUGCAAAAAAAAAUGUCCACAUAAAAUUAUCCGUUCGUAUAAAACUUCGUCAGUGAAAACCUUCGUUAUAAAAUAAUAAAAAACAGCUUUCACGUGUGAAAUACAGUGCCUCCUAAAUUCUGCAAGUGUUGUUGCGCAUUUAAUAUGUCUUGGCAUCGAGUUGAAAACAUUUAUUCCCUUGAAAUACAAUAAAUUUUGAGAA